AUGGGUAAAUCAGCUGGGAAACGUAUGGGAACUACCAGUUCUAAUCCAUUACCGAAGAGAUUCAGAGAAUCAAAAGUGGUUGGAGAUCAAGCUUUUGAUGUAUUCCCUGAAGAGUUACCGGGAUUGCCACCUGACAGAGAAGUAAAAUUUGCAAUUGAAGUAUACCCAGAGGUGGUAUUUCUUGGUCACGUGGUAUCAGCAGAUGGAAUUAGAGUGGAUCCAAAGAAGAUUGAAGCAAUCAUUCAGUGGAAGACUCCUAGAAAUGUGCCAGAGAUGCUGACAGAGGCACCAGUUUUGACUUUACCAGAAUCAGGAAAAGAUUUUAUUGUGUAUAGCGAUGCUUCUUUAAAUGGGCUCAGGAAAGCAACAAUUGAAUUGCGAGCGAUGUUUGCACAGCUCAGUAUUAGUGAUGAUGGAGGUUUAUUGGCUGAAUUAAGGAUUAAUCCAGUAAUGUUUGAACGAAUCAAGUCAGCUCAAUUAGAAGAUGAUAAGCUAAUGAAGAAAAAAGAAAUGGUUCAGAGCGACAUAUUAGGGAACUUUAGUAUUGAUGAGCAUGAUUGUUUGAGAUACCGAGAUCGGAUUUGUAUUCCAAUCAAAUUAGAGAUUAAAGAAUUAAUUCUUCGAGAAGCACAUGAUGGUCCAUUUGCUUUACACCCUGGAGGCACAAAGAUGUACCGUGAUUUACGAGAAUUCUGA